GCCAAAAUCAUCUAUGUACGUGAAAUCGAUUUGGCCCACAUUAGCUUUUGCCGAUUGUUCAUGUACGUGAAACAUUAUACGCUCGAUAUAUAGAGACGGAGCUGGGGGGCUCGGAGGGACGAUUCGCGUCUCCCAAGCCCAAGACGGGAGGCGGUGCUGGGAGGCCCGGAGGGGCGAUCCACGCCUCCCACCAGUUCCUCUGAAAUCCCCCAGUCCCCCCCGUUGUUUGACAUGCGUUAUCAACGCCAGCCCCAAGCAAUUUUUGGCCGAGACAUGAUAGUGGAAGGAAUUGGAUGGUUGUGGAUGCCUCUCUUUCUGCUUGUUAUGAAUACUGCUCAUCAGAUCAGAGCAAUCCCGACAACUAAUAAUGUGGCGUUGGGAAAACCUACCAAUCAGUCAAGCCUUGAUGACAUCAAUGGUUUUUCAAAGCAUGCCGUGGAUGGGAUCAGAAACGGCAACUAUAUGGAUAAGUCAUGUACAUCGACUAAAAGACAAACGAAUCCUUGGUGGAGGGUCGACCUACAGAAGAGCUACGUCAUUUUACGCUUCUUUAUUGUGAAUAGGGCCGACUGUUGUGGCGAACGACUGGACAACUUUGAGAUACGCAUCGGUGAUAGCCUUGUGAAUAACGGCAACGACAACCCUAGUUGUGGGUCAUCGUAUAUCAUCCCGCAAGGCGGGACCAAGUCCAUCGCCUGCCACACCCUGCUUAAGGGUCGUUAUGUCAACAUCCGGAUCCAAGGGCCCGACAGGAGCGUGACUUUGUGCGAAGUUGAAGUGUAUCCGUUCAUAGAAGAGGAACACAUUGACAAAAUCUACUCAAAUCUUGCCGGCCACGUCCUCCCUCGCCACAUCAUCACUACGCUUGACAGCGGACUGCCUUUGUGGUUAUGCGCAUUGCAAUGCAAUACUUAUCCUGGUUGCGUCUCCUUCUACUAUGACGUCACGGCAAGCGUUUGUCAGCUCAGCGAUGUGAAGGCUGAACACGCGGGGGGUCUCGCGCCUGGCAGUCUCUUUGAAUAUCACGAGAGAGUAGUGUUCAUCAAGGACGUUAGAAGAGAAUAAGGGACCACGAGAAAGUAGAAAUCCAACCACAUAAGAACUCUAAGCACCGAAGCAUUCUAAACGCGUGCAUUUUAUGUUGAGCCAUAAUCAUGUCACUCAAGGUUUUUUUUUGUCGGCUUUACAAUCCGAAAGGCGCGUCGAUAAGUCGCGCCGAUUAUCGCCGAGAUCUUUCACAAAAUGCAAUCUUCAGGCCCGAGGUUUCACCAAACUCUAAGAACAUUCCGAGAACGUGCCAGGCCGCAUAUAUUAGCAAAAUAUAUUUUCGUUUGAUGCAUUUUAAAGUGUCAAACCGAAUUGAGUUCAUAAUAGCAACCUUCCCAACAUAACACACCAAUCCGCUCAGAAAUGGCGGAGAAGCGCCCUUACUACCCGUCCCCAUCCGCCUAACCUUAGAGCCUUACUUCUUUUCAUAUACUUCAAGCACAUACAAAAGCCAAAAACUAAAUAAUCAACAAACAUUCAUUUUUCAACCUUGAAAUUCUCCAAAAAUAAGAACAGCCCAGCGUCAACUGAGAAGUAAUACUGUCAUAUAAAAAAAAGAGUGUAUAUGGAAACAUCAUACGCUGGCAAAGUAUCAAUUGUUAGAAUUUUUAGCAUUAAUAGCAGGUCAACCGAACUGGUACAUGGCUGAUCUUAGUGACCACUUCUUUAGUAUUCCAAUAACGCGACUAGAGAGAUUUUAAGUAGAACUAAUGAUGUAAUAUCAUAAGAACCUAAAGCACAUAAAAUAUAAGAGGAUUCCGCGCAAGGUAGCAUGCAUUCCAACUUGUGUAACUCUCACUCAUAGUGAUGAGUACUUAGAGCCAUUAAUAAACAUCCCAUGGAAUCACCCA